AUGUGUUACUAUGGAGGAUACUAUGGAGGUCUCGGCUAUGGCUAUGGUGGCUUAGGCUGUGGCUAUGGUGGCUAUGGUGGCUAUGGUGGCUAUGGUGGCUAUGGUUAUGGCUGCUGCCGCCCACUGUGCUGUAGAAGAUACUGGUCCUAUGGCUUCUAUUGA